AAUGGAACAUUUCAGGUAAAAAGAAGCAAGAUAGGAUUCAAUGUAGUUCUUAUAAUAAAAAACCUUGAUUUGGAUGAGAAGUUGCACUGUCGCGCUUGCAGACUCAUUAGUAACUUGUGCAAAUGUAGCUGGCAUGCCAAAGAAUUGUGCAAUGCUGGAGUAUUGGAAGCACUUACGGUACUCCUAAUGUCAAAAAUUGAUAGACAAACUUAUUGCAUGGCUAUCAGAGCUAUAAGGAAUAUCUGGACUGUUUACGAAAAAAUUCGAGAGACAAUGGUGGAAUUGAAAAUUAUUGAGCUAGUUACUCAAUUAUUUGUCAUGGCUGAAAAGAAAUCCAUCGUAGACAUCAAAUAUGCUGAGCUUGUGGAUGCAUGCUUGAAAGCCAUGUGUGCAUUUCUUGUCACUCUAGAUCCGCGAUGCGGCAAGCAGAUGCAUGUUAAUAAGAAUAUGUGGGGUUAUAAAUGUCUUAUGCGUUGCUGCAGCGCGGGCAACAAUAAGAUAGCCGUCAAAUGUCUUUAUACUCUCUGUCACAUAGCAGAGUGUCGAUUGAGUCUGGGCAUUUCCGGCACGGUCGAGCAACUUAUUGAGCUGAUAAACACGGCGGACAAUAGCUCUAAUCUUCUAUGCAAGGAGAUAUUGAUUUGUUUGUGUUUGUUUUGUCAAGAAUCAGUAAAUCGGGAUAGAAUCAGGCAGAACGCUGGAUUACAAGUAAUUGUGGCAUUACUAAAUAAGCCUGAGUACGAAUGCCAUCAUCCUGCAUUGCUGGAAGCGCUUUCACAAUUUAUCCACGAUGAAAUCGGUCUUGAUAUUUUAUCGAGACAUGGCAUAUUAGAAAUUUUAGUAGCAAAAUUGGCAUAUGUGGUUGCUGUAGCUAAAAGCAAUGAGAGGAGUAGCAUGUCAAGAAAACGUUCUAGCAAUUCUCCGGCCGAGAAUUAUAACAAACCUUUCAAAUACCCUUGUUUGAGAAGAUAUAGUAUGGAUUAUUAUCGCGAUGAUUGGAGUCCAAAGAGCGCUACAAGUGCCUCCUCGUCACCACCUAGCACACCGCCUUUGCCACCUUACUCCGAUUCCAAUGCAGAAACGGAUGAUCUCGAAGAUGACUACAGUCCGGUUUACAAUGAUACGGAAUGCGAUAAUGACGAAGAUGAAGAAAACAUUUCUCUGAAGAGCUACAAAUCAUUAACAACUAUCGAAGCUGAUUCCGAUUCUUCUUCUUCAAACUCUGAAAUUUCUUCAGGAAUGAAUAGUUAUGAAUAUUAUACAUUAUUAUUGCUGAAUAGAUUGAGUCUUUGCCCUAAACCCAUCGACAAACUAGCUGAACCAACGACCAUCAAAUCGUUAACGGAUUACAUAAAAUAUGCGGAGAAGCAAAACGUAAUCCUAAAAUAUAGGGACAUUGCAGUCAAAAUAUUAAAGAGAAUCAUGGGGAACGCGGCGUAUUUCAUGCUACUACUAAAACAAGGAUUAGUGUUUGAAGUGCAAACUUUGCCGGAAGUGGAAGACUAUACACAUCAUUUACGCACGGUGGCAGAAACUGGCGGUGCCACAGGACAAUUAUCGUUUAUAUUGCUACGCGGCGAGGAAGAGCACAAAUUGCUGACUGCGGUAUCGAUACCGCUUCUCAUUAAAACGCAACAUACUCUCAAAUGUUUGCUGAAGAAGAACGGUGGGUUACAAUUGAUAUUUGAUCUUCUAACAGAUUCGUCGCACAAAUUACACGAGCGGGCUAUCUGGUCGAUCUGUCAGUUGGCGAAGACUUUAGAAAUUAAUCCGGACGAUUGCUCGAUCACUGAAACGGCCAUAAACAGUAGUGAGUUGUGCGAUUAUUCGAGAUUACCUUUCGAUGAGACAAAUCAUAUGGAGCCAUUUGUGUCAUCAAUGGUGACAUUUGAGUUGGAUGACGGCACAACUGUUAAGACUUGCAGACGAAUGUUAUGUCAAUACUCGCCGGUCUUUUCUGCUAUGCUGGAAGGUAACUUCAGUGAGUCGAGCAAGAAACAAAUACGAUUGAGAGAUACAUCGCGUAAUGGCCUGAAGACAUUGAUACUGGCGACAACCGGCGCCGCGUUCGAAAAUCGAAGCAUCGAAUCGUUAUUGGAUGCUGUACUACUGGCUGAUAAAUUCCUCAUGCCGGAUACUCUAACGAAGACAUUGACCGAGAAUUCUUUACUCAAGCUCAAUUACGAGAAUUUCUAUCGAGCCUGGCGCUGGGCCAGGAAUCAUUCUUGUCACGAAUUGAAAUCUUAUUGUGUUAAAAGCUUCUUGACUGCAAAGAUGUCGUGGAAUGAAACGAUAAGGACGUUUCGCGAUUUCUAUAAUACUAAUGUUUUCGACGAGUUCCUACACGAGAUUAGGGACAUAAUCACGGGCGUGCUGUGCCAAUGUUAGAGAUAUUAGACAGUUUUUAAAUUCAUAUCAAUGUGCAAUUAUAACAAGAUGAUUUUUUAAUUUAGAAUAUUUAUAUCUAGAAGAUUUACAUCUUCGAAUAAUGAGCUCUAAAAUAAGAAUGGAGUAACUUGAUUUUUUUUUAUAUUAAUAUGUAUUUAUUCUGCAGAGACAUGGGCAGAUUCUUUGUAUAAGUUUGGUGCAUUUUUAAUGUGGUAAAAAAA